AUGAAGUUGGAUGAUGUUAUGAAAGAGUUUAUCAAACACCUGGAAGAUUUGAAACUAUUAACAGCGGAUGCUCAACUAUACAAGGUUGAUGAAAUAUGGGACAGACUGCUUGUGUUGAUACUGGAGUUGGAAGAACAUGAUUCAUAUGUAUUGCAGCACUUACAGAGGAUUGAAUUGGAAGAUAUCACAGCCAAGUAUUUGGAGUAUAAUCGACCCAGUUUACAGGCGAUAAACGCAUGCACAGAGUUGUUCAGUUAUAAACGCUGGAGUGAAGAGGAUGGAUUUGACAUCAAACCAAUGGCUGAGAUUAUUGUCCAUGAGUCGGAUCAAGAAAUGCUCACAUUGGCAAUUGACCUGUUCUCGAAAGUUUGCCAUAGUAUUGACGAUGAAAAUUUUGGCAUCGUGGUAUCAAGACUUAUUUCACGACUGGAAUCAUCCGACGGUCUAGUUGCUGUUGGGUUUAUCGAAAAUCUUCAAACCAUAUUUUCGAGUAUUCAUUACCAUAAGCCAGUAAAAGCAGUGGAAUGUGGCAUCAUUCCAGCACUGGUCAAUAUUCUCAGAGUUUAUGCGACUAUAAAGGUUGUGAAAUAG